AUGAAAUCUCUAAAACCGAUACUUUAUUUGCUUUUAGUAAAUUAAAUAUUUGCUAUUGGUUAGGAUGUUCGUUGUUCUGGUACAACCUGUACUACUCCAGGAACAUGCGGGGCUACCCCUACUGUUCCUUCAGGUUUAAGCUGGUAGAAUGGUUCGACAAACGAAUUAUGCGCUAUAAAUAACUGUCCUGCAGGUGGUACUUCUUCUGGUCUUACUGGUGCCUCAGAUCUUUUCUGCUAAUCUUGUCCAGGUACUCCUGACGGAUCAAUUCCAGCAAAAUAUGCUAAUGUAGCUUAGACAGGCUGUGUAGCAGUAUUUGAUAGUUGUGGAAAUAGUAGAGCUCUUAAUUCAUGGACUGAUCAUGACUGUUUGGGUUGCUAUGGACCCUCUUUGUAAUAUGCUAGAACAGAUAAAACAGGUUGCCAAGCAAAUGUUCCCAUGGAUAAAGGUAAUGAGGUUCCUUGUGCAGGUUUAGCUUCUCCUGGUGCAUCAUGCUCUUCUUAAGGAUUCUGUCCAGAUCCUCCUACUGUUCCAGCAAAUUUAAAAUGGAUGAGUGCAGGGGCUAGUGGAAAAUGUGUUAUUGGUGAUUGCCCCCCUGAUGGUACUAACUCAGGACUUGUUGGUGCUUCAGAUCUAUUCUGCCAAUCUUGUCCAGGUACUUCUAAUGGAUCAGCUAAAGCAAUAUAUGCUAAUUCAGCAAAGAAUGCCUGUGUGGCUUCUUCUUAUACUUGUGGAAGUAGUAGACCUGAUCAUACUUGGACAAAUGCUGACUGCCUUAUCUGCAAUGGCCCAUCUGUGUAAUAUGCUAAAACUGAUAGAACAGGUUGCCUUGUUAAUCCUCCUCCAAUUCCUGGUUUUGACGUUACCUGUUCAACUCUACCUUCAGAAUGUAAAGACGUUUGCCCUAAUGCUCCCAAAGGUUUAAGCUGGUAGAUUGGUUCAACAUAAGGAAAAUGCAAUAUCCAAGUUUGUCCCUCAGCUGGUACUGAUUCAGGUAUUUAAGGUGCUUCUGAUCUCUUCUGCCAAUCUUGCCCUGGUACUCCUAAAGGUCCAAUUAAAGCUGUAUAUGCAAAUUUUGAUAUGACUGCCUGUGUUGCUUCUUCUGCUACUUGUAACGAUUUUACCAGACCUUCUUGCACUUGGAACGAUAAUGACUGUCUUACUUGUUAUGGCUAAACUAAAUAGUAUGCCACUGAAGAUAAAUGUCGUUGCUAAUCUACUCCAUCAACAUCUUCAAGUUCAUAAAGUUCAUAGAAAAUUUUAGUUUCAACUAUUAUCUUAAUAUCAUCAUCAUUACUUUUUUGA